AUGGUCUACUUGAUGAUUUGGCCGCUGACUUUUUUCAUCUCUGUUCAACUCCAACGUUUUUGUCGAUCACCAUACCUGUUCCCACCUCAACACGCCAAUUUCCAAAACGGACCACAUCACACAGACUUGACAUUUUUCAAGUUUUUAACCAUAGAACAAGUCAAUUCCAAUGCACAACGAAUCAACACCAAAAUCAUCACGCGAGGCAUCAAGUCCGCAUCUCACAACCUACCUUUUAACUCGUGGCAUUUGGCACCGGCAUUUCUCCUAACCUCGUCAUGGCUAAUCCUCAACUUCGACUACUUGUUAAUAGAGCCCAUUCGUACCUGGAAAGAUAUACUAGCAUGGACCUCGUACGUAUUGGGACACGUUACAGUCCCCAUACUAACAGCAGUCUGGCUCUAUGCAUUCCACGCUCCGGGAGUCGUGAAAUCAUACGGCUUUGAUGGCGAAGAUUUCCCCGACUCGGAAGCCAACUAUGAAAUGUUGGGGUACGCGGCGGGCUUAAUCCGAGUUGACGAUGCCUUGGGCACACACUGGAACUCAAAGGGGUUCCGUAUGUCCCCCAUUGUGUUUGGAGCCGUGCCUUCAUUGCACUCAGCAAUGGCAGUGAUGACGUUUUUCUUUGUUGCUUUUUACGCGAGGUGGACCAUACUCAAGCUUGCAGCUUUGGGAUUUGUCAUUUUGCAAUGGUGGAGCACGCUAUAUUUUGACCACCAUUGCAGAUUGGAUCUAUACGCGGGGAUGCUGUACGCCAUAUGUUGGUUUACCAUUAUUUAUUUGUGGCGAUUACAAAAGUUGAAUGCCAGGGUUGUUCAAAAGAGAUUAAACUGGCAGUUUAAUGACGGAGGAAGUACGAUGGGGAUGAGAGUUUUCCGAAAUACCAGCUUGCAGUCGACCCGUUGA